UCGGCAGCUCAACUCCUCCCACGAGUCAGAGCAAACCCGUUCGGAUCGGCCCCGCGCCCGCCACCACGUUGUCGGCGGCGAUGGCCGACGACGUGCGCGAGCUCCUCCUCUCCACCACCGCCGACGCCGACCCCUCCACCCCGCUCUCCGCGCCCGACCUCCGCCUCCUCAUCGACCGCCUCCGCCUCCGCUCCGACCGCCUCCACGCCUCCGCCCUCUCCUUCGCUUCCUCCAACCGCGAGCCGCUCGUCUCCGCGCUCCUCCGCGCCGCCGCCUCCGCGGCCUCGUCCGCGUCUCUCCAGUCCUCCCUCGAGUCGGCGCUCUCCCCUCUCUCCUCCUCCCCAGACCUGUCCGACCUCAGGUCCCUCUCUGAUCGCCUCCUCGCCGCUCGCCGCGAGCUCCGCGAGCGCCAGGAGCACCUCGCUGCCGCCUCCUCCGUAGCUUCCCUCUCCGCGCGCCUUCGCGCCGCUCGUGCCUCGGCCAACCCGCUCGCUGCCGCCGCCGCUGCCGCUGAGCUCAAGCCCCUCCUGCUGGACCCUGAGGGAUCUGGAUCCGGUGGGGACGAGCCAAUCGUGUUUGGGCUUCUUCGGGACGAAUGGGAGCAGCUCGUCGACGAGCUGCAAGUGGGACUUGCAAAGAACGUGGAGGAGUGCGUGGAGUUUGCACCGGAGGGAGGGAAGGUGGUGGUGAGUGCUGCGCCGAGAGGCAGUUCCAGUGGCGCCUGCGGUGUUGAGCUUCGUGUGGCACUGCAGGCACUGGAGAUAAUUGAUUCCUUAGACUAUGGGAUGGCAAAAACUGCAGACUUGAUGAUAAAACAUGUCCUAAUUCCAGCAAUCAGUAACAUAUCAGUGACAGUUUCUGUAGAAGUGCUCGAGCAAGGUGGUCCCACAGCCCCAGCAUCAGUCUUGAGUAUAGUCCCUUCAGAGGAACUACAGGGCUGCAAAGAUGGUUCAGUUCUUUACUCAAGAAUAAUUGAUGUCAUCAAGUUUGUCCACAAGUUCAUUUGUCUGGAGAAUAUCACAUGGAUGCAGUCCUUUGCAAAGUUAACCUGGUCAAGAAUUUCUGAUCUGAUUAUCACGCAUUUUCUCUCCAAGGCUGUUCCUAUUGAGGCAUCCAAGCUAAUUGAGUUCCAAGAUGUUAUAAGAAGUACAACUGAAUUUGAGAACACCCUUAAGAAUAUGAUGUUUAUAUCGCCUGACAGAAUGGAUGGCAAGUUGACCCAAUUUGUUGAGAAUGUUGAAGUUCAUUUUGCCGUAAGGAAGAGAAAUGAGAUCUUAACGAAAGCAAGAGAAAUUAUUGUACAGUAUGACUACGACAAUCCUCUUGCAUCAGAUGACCGAGGAGAUUCUGUUGUUGAUUUACUUUUCCAGCCAGAGAAGUGUUUUGUAUCCAAAUCAGCGCUUCAGUUAAUGAGAUUGGUCCACGGAGCCCUCAAGGAUGCUUGUUUGUCAUCCACAAGAGUUGCAAAGGAGUUCUGCCAUGCUGCUAGGGAUGCGUUGCUCUUGUACAAGGCUAUUGUGCCAGUUCAGCUAGAGAAGCAACUCGGUAGUAUUAGUCAGGUGGCUGCCAUCAUUCACAAUGACUUCUACCAUUUGUCCCAAGAAACUCUUGGUCUUGCAUUUGAGUACCGUGCAGAUUUUCCUAGUGGUCUACAGAAAUUAGUUGUUUUUGUGGAUUUAGCUCCGAUCUUCUCCCAGAUGGCAGAUAGUGUACUAAGAAGACAAAUACAGCUUGUCGCUGUUAACUUAAGCGAGGCCAUAGAUGGUGCUGAUGGUUUUCAGAAUACACACCAAUCUCAGCAUUAUGAAUCAGCAAAAUUUAGUAUUGAGCAGGUUGUAUUCAUUUUAGAAAAGAUACACAUUAUGUGGGAAUCGAUACUGCCUAGGUCAAUUUACAGGAGAAGCAUGUGCCAUGUCCUUGGACCUGUCUUUUCUAGAAUUACAAAGGAUAUGCUUAUGAUAGAUGACAUGGCAGCAGAGGAGACCUUACAGCUGCAAGGUCUCAUACAUUUGGCUCUUGAAAACCUCUCCUCACUAUUUUUGUCCCUGGUUGAGAAUGAUGGUGAUGGCAAGUUCUUGGAUCAUGAUACUUGGAUCCAGCUGGAUGAAAGUGUACCAUCUUUAAAGAAGUUCAGAAAGCUAGCAGAGUUGCUUGAUAUGUCAUUGAAGUCCAUCACAGCUGCUUGGGAAAGUGGGGAGCUAGUUAACUGUGGUUUCACAUCAUCUGAGGUGCGGAGGUUACCUUUCCUGUUUAUCUUGGAAUGGAGUUCAGCUAAUCAUGGUCCUUGAUAGUGCUCGUCAUCUGUUUUGUUGGUGCGAAAUUUCGUCAAAGCAAUUUUCGCUGAUUCGCCUCUUCGGAAGGAGUGCUUAGGAUGGAUCUCUAGGACUCCAGCUUAGGAUGCGGGGACAGACUGCUUUUGUUGAUUAGUGCGCCUUUAUCAUUGACCUCUCCCCAUCUGAUUUUGUAGACACUUUAUUAUGUGACUAGCUGAUAUCAAUUGGCGUGCGGGUUCAGUUUGCAUCAAGGGAGAGUUUAUUGUCUUAUAUUUUCAAAGCCCAAAACUGUAACCACAUCAAUAUAUGAAUUCUUUUAGAUGAUCA